GAGGAGGCGGGGCGCGGCCAGCGGGCCCCACGGCUCUGCGUGGUGCGGCGGUGGGUGCGCUUGACUGACAGGCGGCGGCGGCGCGGUUGCGAAGGCAGGUUCCCUCCCCGAGGGCUGCACUUCUCCAGCCGGCUCGGCCCACCACCGCCCGCCGUCCACGGAGCAUGCGGACGCCGGCCACGUGCUGGGGGUGUCGCUUCGCGCAGAGGUGAGCCCCGGCCAGCAUGGGGGACUCCAGGACGCUUUGCCCUCACCUGGACUCCAUAGGGGAGGUGACCAAGGAGGACCUGCUGUUCAAAUCGAAGGGAACCUGUCAGUCGUGUGGUGUUACUGGACCGAACCUGUGGGCCUGUCUCCAGGUCGCCUGCCCCUACGUUGGCUGCGGAGAAUCCUUCGCCGACCACAGCACCAUUCACGCUCAGGCGAAAAAGCACCACCUGACUGUGAACCUGACCACGUUCCGGGUGUGGUGUUACGCCUGUGAGAAGGAGGUGUUCCUGGAGCAGAGGCUGGCAGCGCCCCCCGCAGGCCACUCGCCCAAGUUCUCAGAGCAGGACCCUCCGCUGCCCUUGCACCCCCUCAAAACUGUCCCUAUUGCCGUGGCUGACGAAGGAGAGUCUGAGUCAGAGGAGGAUGACCUGAAACCUCGAGGCCUCACGGGCAUGAAGAACCUUGGGAACUCCUGCUACAUGAACGCCGCCCUGCAGGCCCUGUCCAACUGCCCUCCGCUCACCCAGUUCUUCUUGGAGUGUGGAGGCCUGGUGCGCACGGACAAGAAGCCAGCCCUGUGCAAAAGUUACCAGAAGCUGGUCUCUGAGGUCUGGCACAGGAAACGCCCCAGCUACGUCGUGCCCACCAGCCUGUCUCAUGGGAUCAAGUUGGUCAACCCGAUGUUCCGCGGCUAUGCCCAGCAGGACACCCAGGAGUUCCUGCGCUGCCUGAUGGACCAGCUGCACGAGGAGCUCAAGGAGCCGGUGGUGGCGGCAGCGGCGGCGCUGGUGGAGGCCCGGGACUCCGACUCGAGCGACACGGACGAGAAGCGCGAGGGUGACCGGAGCCCGUCAGAGGACGAGUUCCUGUCCUGCGACUCGAGCAGCGACCGGGGAGAGGGCGACGGGCAGGGCCGCGGCGGGGCGGAGCCGCCGGUCCCCGACGAGGCGGGCCGCGCCAUCUCCGAGAAGGAGCGCAGGAAGGACCGCAAGUCCUCCUGGGGCCGGCAGCGCUCCAGCUCGGAGCAGGUGGACGAGGACGCCGACGUGGACACAGCCCUGGCCGCCCUUGACGACCAGCCCGCGGAGGCCCAGCCGCCGUCGCCGCGGCCCUCCAGCCCCUGCCGGACCCCAGAGCCGGACAACGAGGCCCACAUGCGCAGCGCCUCGCGCCACCACGAGGGCCACACCAAGCUGGCCGGCAGCCCCCCUCGGGCGAGCCCCGUGAGGAUGGGGCCAUCGUACGUGCUCAAGAAAGGCCAGGUGCUGAGCGCCGGCAGCCGGAGGCGGAAGGAGCAGCGAUACCGCAGCGUCAUCUCCGACAUCUUCGACGGCUCCAUCCUGAGCCUUGUGCAGUGUCUCACCUGUGACCGCGUGUCCACCACGGUGGAGACCUUCCAGGACCUGUCGCUGCCCAUUCCCGGCAAGGAGGACCUGGCCAAGCUGCACUCGGCCAUCUACCAGAACGUGCCCGCCAAGCCGGGCGCCUGCGGGGACGGCUACGCCGCCCAGGGCUGGCUGGCCUUCAUCGUGGAGUACAUCCGGAGGUUUGUGGUAUCCUGUACCCCCAGCUGGUUUUGGGGGCCGGUCGUCACCCUGGAAGACUGCCUUGCCGCCUUCUUCGCCGCCGACGAGCUGAAGGGUGACAACAUGUACAGCUGUGAACGGUGUAAAAAGCUGCGCAACGGGGUGAAGUACUGUAAGGUGCUGCGGCUGCCCGAGAUCCUGUGCAUCCAUCUAAAGCGCUUUCGGCACGAGGUCAUGUAUUCGUUCAAAAUCAGCAGCCACGUCUCCUUCCCCCUGGAGGGACUCGACUUGCGUCCAUUCCUUGCCAAGGAGUGCACGUCGCAGAUCACCACCUACGACCUCCUCUCCGUCAUCUGCCACCACGGCACUGCGGGCAGUGGUCACUACAUCGCCUACUGCCAGAACGUCAUCAACGGGCAGUGGUACGAGUUUGACGACCAGUACGUCACCGAGGUCCACGAGACGGUGGUGCAGAAUGCCGAGGCCUACGUCCUCUUCUACAGGAAGAGCAGCGAGGAGGCUGUGCGGGAGCGGCAGCAGGUGGUGUCCCUGGCCGCCACGCGGGAGCCCAGCCUGCUGCGCUUCUACGUGUCCCGAGAGUGGCUCAACAAGUUCAACACCUUCGCGGAGCCGGGCCCCAUCGCCAACCACACGUUCCUCUGCCCCCACGGAGGCAUCCCGCCCAACAAGUACCACUACAUCGACGACCUGGUGGUGAUCCUGCCCCAGAACGUCUGGGAGCACCUCUACAGCAGGUUUGGGGGCGGCCCUGCCGUGAACCAUCUAUACGUGUGCUCCGUCUGCCAGGUGGAGAUAGAGGCGCUGGCCAAGCGCAGGCGGAUUGAGAUCGACACCUUCAUUAAGCUCAACAAAGCCUUCCAGGCUGAGGAGUCCCCCGGUGUCAUCUACUGCAUCAGCAUGCAGUGGUUCCGGGAGUGGGAAGCCUUUGUCAAGGGCAAGGACAAUGAGCCCCCCGGGCCCAUCGACAACAGCAGGAUCGCACAGGCCAGGGGAAGCGGCCACAUCCAGCUGAGGCAGGGUGAGUCCCGCCGGCCCCAGCCCUGGCCUCCCAGGCCAGCCAGGCCUGUCCGGAAGCUGCAGCAGCAGAAGGGGCAGGAGAGGCUGCGCACGCGUGCCUGCAGGUCCCGGACCCGGAGAGAGGCAGACCCCGGCCUCAUGUCCGUGCGCAUCACGUCGGAACGUGGUCUACACAGGUUUGCAUGGUGUGGAUUUCCUGGUUGGCUUUUCUGGUUUGCCGUGGAGGACCCGCAUCUGCGCUUCGCUGGCGCAGUGCGGGCCGCCUGGAAAGUGCAGCUUCCUGCCUUCUUGCUCAUUGGAACUCAGCGCAAACAUAACCGGCUCUGGGGCGCCCCCGCCUCUGCGGCCGCGCUGCCAGGCCCGGGUGCGGCGGGCGCCGGUGAGCCGGGUGAUGCCUCCAGCAGCCCUGAGGCCUGGCCCUUCCCAGAGGCCCCGGCCCCACCAGGGUAG